AGAUGUCUUCCCACAGAGUAUCAGAUAGAGGAUAGAUGCUGUCCUCUGUGUCCUCCUGGAAGUUGUGUUAAAACAGAUUGUACAGAGUUCAGAAGUACUUCCUGUUCGCCCUGCAUGGAUGGAUCCUUCAUGAAUAAACAUACUGGACUUAAACAGUGUUUUCCCUGCAGAGACUGUGAUGCAGGUUCUGGUCUGAAGAUAAAGACUUCAUGCACAGCAACCUCAGAUACACUUUGUGAACCACUGGAAGGAUUCUACUGUAUAGACUUCACAGAGAACCACUGUGUGGCAGCACAGAGACACAGCAGCUGUCAACCAGGACAAUACAUCAGGGAGAAAGGAACAGCCCUCAGAGACACUGUGUGCUCUGACUGCAGUGGGGGGACAUUUUCAGAUGGGACAUUUCCAUCUUGUCAGCCACACACACACCUGGAAGAAGAAAACACGUCUAAGAGGUGAGAUCUGUGUGUAGUCAAAGAAAAUGUUAUCAUGGUUUAAUGGAUGAUAAAACUUUCUGCUGAGUCAUGAUA